UCCACCGUGUCUGUUGUGGGCAGCGCAGUUGCGUAUGCGCAUUGCACGGCACAGCCCUCCUGUCAGAUGAAAGCAAGUAGAGCGCCUCUAAAACUAUGGCGGAUGUAUUAUUUGAGGUUGUGUUCCUUCUCUUCUGUCAUUUUGCAUCUCCAGUAAAUCACUCCCUGAGGUUUAUCCUCACUGGAUCAGCUGGAGUGACAAACCUCCCAGAGUUUGUGAGUGUUGUGAAGGUUGAUGAACUUGAGAUGGUGUACUGUGACAGCAAGAGAGCAGAACCCAAACAGGAUUGGCUGAAAUUCUUCAAAGAAAACAAUAGAGAACAUGUCAGUGCAUACACUGCUGAGUGUAAUAAAAAUAGGAUCUUCUUUAGAAAGACCAUCAAUGUUUUGAUAAAGUGUUGCAGCCAAACUCAAGAUAUUCAUAUUUUCCAGAGGAUGUCUGGCUGUGAAUGGGAUGAUGCCACUGGAACAGUUAAUACUUUUGAUCAGUAUCAUUACGAUGAAAACUUUAUUGCAUUUGACCUGGAGACAGAGACACUGACCACUCCAACACCAUGGGCACGCAAUGCCAAACAUGAGUUGGAUAGUAACAAAAUUAUAAUACCAAAUAUUAAAAGCUACCUCACCCAGGAGUGUUUAGUCUGGCUGAAGAAGUAUUUAGACUAUGGGAAGAGCUUUCUUCUGAGAACAGUCCUCCCCUCAGUGUCUCUCCUCCAGAAGAGAUGCUCUCCAGUCAGCUGCCAUGCUACAGGUUUCUACCCUUACAAAGUUGACAUGUUCUGGAGGAAAGAUGGAGAGGAGCUUCAUGAGGACGUGGGCAAAGGAGAGAUCCUCCCCAACAAUGAUGGGACCUUCCAGAUGAGUGUUGAUCUGAAACUGUCAUCAGUGAAACCUGAAGACUGGAGCAGGUACGACUGUGUGUUUCAGCUCUCUGGAGUGAAGGAGGACGUGGUCACCAAACUGGACAAAGCAGUGAUCAGAACCAAUGGUAAGGACUGAAUCAAUAUUAAACCAAUGCAUGUGCCCUUCUCAGGGAUUUCUGUGCUACUAUAUUUAAGCAAUUUCCUUUUAUUAAUGUAGAAUGAGUUCAGCAAUGCACCAUACAGCUUUGUACCUACUUUACUAACCUGAAGUGUAUGGACGCACAUUGCAUUCACCAAAGAAAAUAAACUGGAAGAUCUUAUCUCACAAUUCUGACUCUCUAUGAUAACAGAAAUCUCAACUCAGUGUUUCUCAAGCAAGCUGUGAAGCUUUCCAACAACUGCUUAGUACAUGUAGCCUAGUGAGUUACACUGUAGGCAGCAACUGUGAGGCCCUGUCUACAUUUGUUUACAUUUUGGAACAUUAUGUAAGAUGAAGUAAUUAUUAAUAGUUCACUUUUGUUAUGUGCGAUUGGAUAUACUGACAACUAUCACUGAAUUAUAUUGAUAAUAAAGAAUUUGUUAAAACCUGAUGACUUUCAGGCAGGUCCUGCAGCGUUCCCACCCCCACAUCAUCUCGUAAUUAUGAGAUAGAAAGUCAUAAUUAUCAGAUAACAUCCUUUUUUGGUGAAUGCAGUGUACUUCUGUAGAAGUGGACAUUUCAUAAGGAAUUAUUCUUGUUUUGCCAAUUAUGACUUUAUUUUAUUUUAGCUUUUGAAAAUUAGCUUAAACAUUCAUUUUCAGGUAGCCUUUGCAAGUAUGAGAAGCAACAUAUUUAAACUAUGUGGAAUCAUUUUGAUGGAUCUUGUCAGACACACACUGCAGACUGAUGGAUGUGCUGUUUUUCCUAGAUUACUUCAUCCUUGCAAGUCCUGACCUGACCACUACACCCAUCAUUGUUGCUAUGCUCGUUUUAACUGUUUGUCUCAUCUUGGGCACUGUAUUCAUCACGCUCCAAACUGUUAAUGGUGAGAGGGGAAAAGUGCACAGUGUCUGUAUUUCACGUUUUCAGUAACUUGAUUUUAGAGCUUGAAUUCAUGUCUGGAUUGAGUUUGUAAAACAAGCUUUCAUUCCUACUUUUCCUACUGCUUACUUUUGUUUGCACCAACCAAUAGUAAGCAGUGUAAGGCUCAGAUUAUAAUAAUAGCUGUAGUAUGAUAAUGUAAAAGAGAACUAUAUAAGACCAGGUAUAGGUGUAUUUGAUAGAAAUGGAGCGAUUCAUUUGGGUUAUGGUGACAAAAUAUAUUGUGGCUUCUAAAAACUAGAAUUAUUUCUUUUCUUUUAGACUAUUUAGUUUCUCAGAUGUGGGCCUAC